AUGAAUAUACUACUCGGCUUAUUCCUUCUAUUCUCUCUGUCUACUUCAUGGAAGUUUCUCGAAAAUGAUCGAGUUCCAAAUUGGAAGAAAUUGAAUGAUUUGAACAUUGGUCCGAUUUAUGGACAGCCUGAACAAGUUCACAUUUCGUAUGGAGGUGAUCCUACGAGCUACAUCGUCACCUGGCUCACAUACGAUGAUACCCUUCAUUCCUACGUUGAAUAUGGAACCAAUUCCAGGAAACUUGAAAACCGAGUUGAAGGCCGUUGUUCAGUGUUCCUCGACGGACAACCAAAAAAUAUUUGGAGAUACAUUCAUCGCGUCAAUUUAACCGAUCUGAUCCCGGGAACCACUUAUUAUUAUCAUGUGGGAUCAGAUCACGGAUGGAGUGCGAUUUACUUUUUCACGGCACUAGAAGAGCGUGUCGGCGGCGGUUUUCAGUUUGCAGUUUAUGGUGAUCUUGGUGUUGAAAAUGGUCGAUCACUUGGCGCAAUUCAACAGAUGGCGCAAAAAGGCGAAUUGGAUAUGGUGCUUCAUGUCGGCGAUUUCGCAUACAAUAUGAAUGAGGAAAAUGGUGAGAAUGGCGACGAGUUUUUCCGUCAAAUUGAGCCGGUUGCCGCUUAUAUUCCAUAUAUGGUGUCAGUGGGAAAUCACGAGUCGUUCAACAACUUCACUCACUAUGUCAAUCGAUUUUCAAUGGCCAAUUCUGAGCACAACCUCUUUUACAGCUUUGAUGUCGGAAAAGCACACAUAAUUGUGUUUUCCACAGAAUUUUACUUUUAUACCGAAUAUGGUUUCGAGCAAAUCGCAAAUCAAUACAAUUGGUUAUUGCGAGAUUUGAAGAAGGCAAAUUUGAAUCGAAAGAAAGUCCCGUGGAUCAUCACUAUGGGCCAUCGGCCAAUGUAUUGCUCGGAUUUCAAUGGAGAUGAUUGCACGAAAUAUGAGUCAAUUAUUCGUACCGGCAUACCAAUUGUUCAUGGAUACGCCUUAGAGAAAUUAUUUUAUGAACAAGGAGUGGAUAUUGAGCUCUGGGCUCAUGAGCACACUUAUGAGCGUCUUUGGCCCGUAUUCAACCGAACGGUAUUCAAUGGAACUAGAAAUCCGUACGAGGAUCCGCCAGCUCCAGUGCAUAUCAUCACAGGAUCGGCGGGGUGCCGGGAGAAUACUGACAUCUUUGUGGAGCAUCCGGGUCCAUGGAGUGCCAAGAGGUCCACCGAUUAUGGAUUCGGAGUGAUGAGGGUCUACAAUUCGACUCAUGUCCAAUUUCGACAAAUCAAUGUCGCUCAGGGAGGAGAGGAUGACAAUUUCUGGAUUGUUAAGACCUCCAGAAAACAUCGACCCUAUCGACAUCGUGAUGUGCAGAAAUUGAGAAACUAUGGAAUUCGUGUGCCUUUAAAUUAUUGCCAUCAUCAUUCUCAUUGUAAGCAUCUUCAUACGCGAUAA